AUGCAUCAACUAAUUUUUUGUUCAUCACUUCGACAAAAAUCAUUACAAUGGAUCUAUGCGUAUAUUAUUACCGAUCAUCUUCUUCUUGCUCGUUUUUUCCUUCUCUAUACUGUUCAUGCACAAUCUACUAACUGCCAACCAAGUCGAGCAUGGGUAUUGUUUAUUUGCUAUUUUCAAGUAAUCAUUGAUAAUUAUUUCAAUAUAUCAGAAGUAUAUAUUCUAUUAGCUUUAAAUCUAUUCCGUUAUGCACAAAUAGUACAAAAUCAAAAUGUUUAUGAAGCUCCUACAAGUCUAAUGAUCGCAAGUCGUUUGAGUUUGUAUUUAAUUCCAUUAGUUGCUGUAGUGAUUCCACUCAUUACUGGUUGGAAUUGCAUUAAAGAGUCUAUUAGAGGUAGUUGUUCAAUAUUGUGUACAAAUAUCUACAUUGAAAUAUUUAAUUUAAUUUUUGCAUUUGCAUCACCUAUUUUGCUCAAUAUCUGGGUGAUUUGUGCUUGUGCUCAUCAUAUUCAGUUGAAAUCGCCAUUACAUAAAACAUAA